AUGUUUACGAGAUUAAAUUUUAUACGAAAAGGAUAUUGUCUUUCACAAUUAAUAUUAAUUAAAUAUCGUCCGAUACAUUUAACAUGUCCUUUGGCUAUAAAGAAUGAUACCGUAUCAUCAUCGAAAAAACAUUCUGAGUCUACAUCGACACGUAUUCAUAUGUCAGCAAGUGAAAUAUCUGACAUGGUUUUACGACGUCUUCAUUUUUAUGAACAACGUGGUGUUGUUAAAGCACUUGUUAUUGGAUCUGGUAUUAUAGUUAUAUCGACUGUAAUAUUUCUAUAUGUUUUUCGAAAACCAUUAAAAAAUCAAACGGUUGCACAAGUUGCCGAUGUAGCAAAAAGCAGUUUAGAACACGAUAGUGUAAAACAACAAGUUAAUGUUUUAUCUCAAGAACUUAUUCAAAAUCUUUUAUCCGAUUCAAAUAUAUUAUCACAAGCACUUGUAUUUCUGGAACGUGUUAUGGAUGAUUCAUCAACAAAACAAACUCUUAUACGUCUUUUUCAACGUUUAAUGAUUGAUCGUGAAAUGCAACAAAAUGUAUCGGAAUUUACAUCACAAAUAAUUUAUGAUGUUAUGAAAAAAUCUGAAACUGAAAUACAACUUGGACAAUUAUUUCGUCGUGCUAUUUUACAAAAAGAUAAUCAAGAUGCUUUAUAUAUUCUAUUAAAAGAAUUUGUUAAUGAUGAUAAAACAAAACAAAUGUUAACAAAUUUAGCAUUAGAAGUUACUCAUCAAGUAUUAAAUGAUGAAAAUGUUAAAAUAACUGCAACAAAAUUUCUUAAAGAUAUUCUUAAUGAUUCAAGUUUACAAGAACAAAGUGGAGAUUUUGCAUGGAAUGCAUUUAAAAAUGCAUUAAAACCAAAAUGGUUUACAAGUCAUGCAAAAACAAUUAAUACAAUUGUUGAUAAAAAACAACAAUCAAAUGAGAAUUUAUAUGAAUUUGAUUUUGAAAAUUCAAUUAUAUUACCAUCAUAUGUUCGAUGA